CCAGGAGGGAGACGAAAGAAAGUGAGACGACGGCUGCGGAGCGACAGUCCUCUCGGUCCACUUCGAAUAGAUCUGCCGCAGUGGAUGCCAUAACAACCUGGUAUUCAGACUACUGUUUCCAGAUCAAACAUUUACAUUGAAGAUGAUGAAACCAUUCUUAUUGCUAGGCAUUUUAAACCUUGCAACUGUAUUGGCAUGUGAGACACCCUAUUCACUUGCUGGAGAUGGAAGCAAUCCUUUUCCUUGGAAUCAAAUUAGGCUUCCCAAGCAUGUCGUUCCAGUUCAUUAUGAUCUUCUUAUUCAUCCAAAUCUCACCACUCUAACUUUUACUGGAUUGACCAAAAUAGAGAUUACAGUAACCCAGCAAACCAGUUCAAUCAUCCUGCACAGCAAAUACCUCCAGAUUGCCAAAGCUACUAUCCAAGGAGCAACGGAAAGCCAUGAUACUGCUAAGGGUGUGACGGUUUUAGAAUAUCCGCCAUUUGAGCAGGUUGCAUUAGUGGCUUCUGAACCACUGCAAAUUGGCCACAACUACAUUAUUACUAUUGAAUACUCUGCUAAUUUGUCCACCAAUUUUCAUGGUUUCUAUAAAAGCACAUACAGAACUCCAGAAGGAGAAGUAAGGGUGCUUGCAUCAACACAGUUUGAACCAACAACUGCACGAAUGGCCUUCCCUUGCUUUGAUGAACCUGCAUUCAAAGCUAAAUUUUCUGUAAAGAUCAGACGAGAACCCAAACAUCUUGCACUGUCUAAUAUGCCUUUAGUGAAAUCAAUAAACAUCAAGGAAAACCUCCUUGAAGACCACUUUGAGAUCAGUGUAAAGAUGAGUACUUAUCUAGUGGCCUUCAUUGUUUCUGAUUUCAAAUCAGUUACCAAGAUGACCAGCCGUGGAAUUAAGGUUUCAGUAUAUGCUGUACCACACAAGAUCAACCAAGCAGAUUAUGCCUUGGAUGCAGCAGUAAAACUAUUAGACUUCUAUGAGAAAUAUUUUAGCAUUCCCUAUCCUCUGCCUAAACAAGACCUAGCAGCUAUUCCUGAUUUUCAGUCUGGUGCAAUGGAAAAUUGGGGAUUGACUACUUAUAGGGAAUCUGCUCUGUUAUAUGAUCCUGAAAAAUCCUCAGCAUCAAGUAGACUUGGAGUUACUAUGGUUGUAGCCCAUGAACUUGCUCACCAGUGGUUUGGAAACCUGGUCACCAUGGAAUGGUGGAAUGAUCUUUGGCUCAAUGAAGGAUUUGCAAAGUUUAUGGAAUUUGUGUCAGUAAAAAAUACCCACCCAGAACUAAAAGUUGAAGAUCAUUUUUUAAACAAGUGUUUUCAGGCCAUGGAGGUAGAUGCUUUAAAUUCUUCACAUCCUAUAUCUACUCCUGUAGAAGAUCCAGCUCAGAUUCUAGAAAUGUUUGAUGAUGUUUCCUAUGAUAAGGGGGCUUGUAUUCUAAAUAUGCUAAUGGAUUAUCUCAGCCCAGACGUGUUUAAAGUGGGAAUUGUUAAAUAUUUGUCAAAAUUCAGCUAUCAGAAUACCCGAAACAAAGAUCUUUGGAACAGCUUGUCAGAUGUUUGUCCUACAGGUGCUGCUGAUAUUCAAAAUAAUGGAAUUUGUGCCAGAAGCAAGGGGAUCUCAAGUUCUCACUGGACUAAAAGUGAGCUCCAUGAUGUGACGACAAUGAUGAACACUUGGACAUUGCAAAAAGGUUACCCACUCGUAACUGUUACAAUAAAAGGGAAGAAUGUCCAUCUACAGCAAGAACACUAUAUGAAAGGCUCUGGUUUUUCUUCACCAACAGGGUAUCUGUGGCACAUUCCUUUAACAUUUAUUACCAGUAAAUCUGAAGUUGUUCAAAGGUUUUUGCUAACAACCCAAACAGAUAACAUCAUCCUACCUGAAGAAGUGGAGUGGAUAAAAUUUAAUGUAGGAAUGAAUGGUUAUUAUAUUGUACACUAUGGAGAUGAUGGAUGGGAUGCUCUUACUCACCUUUUAAAAGAAAACCAUAAUGCAAUUAGCAGCAAUGAUAGAGCAAACCUCAUCAACAGUGCAUUCCAGCUGGUGAGUGCUGGAAAGUUGUCUAUUACCAAAGCUCUCGAUUUAACGUUAUACCUAAAACAGGAAACUGAAAUUAGUCCUGUGUUUCAAGGAUUGAAUGAACUAAUCCCAUUGUACAAACUCCUGGAGAAGAGGGACAUGAAUGAAAUAGAACAUCAGUUAAAGGGUUACAUAGUCAAACUGUUUAAAAACAUGAUUGACAAACAGUCUUGGAAUAAUGAAGGCACAUUGUCGGAGCGAUUGCUUCGGAGCUCCCUUCUUGUGUUUGCAUGUGUGCGCAAGUACCAACCUUGUGUGGACAAAGCAAAAGAGUACUUUAUGAAAUGGAAGAACUCCGAUGGAACUCUACAGUUGCCUAAUGAUGUUAAGCUUGCAGUAUAUGCUGUCGGGACACAGACUGAUGAAGGCUGGGACUUCCUUUUCAGCAAAUACCAGCUACCAAAAUUCAGCACUGAAAAGAAUAUGAUUGAAGUUGCUCUCAGUCUGAGCGAAAAUAAGGAAAAGCUUCAGUGGUUAAUGGAUCAAGCAUUGCAAGAUGACAUAAUAAAGGCUCAGGAACUUCCUUAUAUUGUUUUGAGUGUUGGAAGGAACCCUGUUGGUUAUCAGUUAGCUUGGAAGUUUUUGAAGAAGAACUGGCAGAAACUUGUACAAAAGUUUGAACUAGGUUCACAUUCUAUUGCCCACAUGGUGACUGGAGUAACAAAUAGGUGUUCCACAAAGGCACAGCUUGCUGAGGUAAAAGACUACUUCAACUCUCUGGACGAAAAAAGUUCACAGCUCCGUGCUGUCCAACAAGCAAUAGAAACAAUUGAAGAAAACAUCCAGUGGAUGGAUGUGAACCUUGAAAAAAUCAAGAAAUGGUUACAGACUAACAGCAAAGUGUAAAAUUGUAUGUGAACUAUUGUUUCAGAAUUAAGAACUGUUAAGUUUUCAAACAAACAUGAGAAAUGCUACUCCAAAAUGAAGUUAAUAGAAAAUUGUGAAAACAAGAUUGUUCGUUAGUGCAAAAAUUUAAGCUUUAUUCUAGUGACAAAAGUUGGGACAUUUUACCUACACUUUCAAAGGCAAGAAAAUGGUAUUAACGCCUUGUGUAUAUGUGAAGUUACGUAUUUCAACGUUCGCCAAAUAUUUCAUCACUAUAACUGCAAUGCCAUGCAAGAGAGAAGCCAUUUUUCCCCAAUAUCAAGUUCUUCUAUAGAUGUACCUCGAGUGAGUGUAUUGGCAGGCACCAUUUUAAAAUAGGUUUGUAGGAACCUAGAGAUAGAGCUAAACGGGAUUUACCAGUUAAUGACUUUGAAAGUGACAUAGAACAACACAAAACCUAGAAUGAGAUAUAGGCCUUUAUCAAAUGUAGUAAUAGGAUAUCUUUAAGAGAAUGACUAGACAAGCCUUGGGCUCACAGCCGCAAAGAGUAGGGAAGCUUUUACUUUCAUUAUCCAGGUUAACUGCAGUUCAGUGGUUAACCUGGAUAAAUUCAGAGCUGGAUACCUGCAUUGCAUGAACACUGUUGGUUACUUUGACAGUAUUCUUAUUUUAGAUUCUGCCUACUUACUGUCAGGACUUUUGCCAUGGCUAGUGGCCUUGACCCCUCUGAACCAGAGGAUUGGAUCCAACAUUGCCCAUGUUCAGGUGGCCCAGGCAUGCCAGUGCAAUAUAGCACUAACAGAAGCAAGCAUCGAAAUGUGUGGAAAUGUUUGUUUCUGGGAGAGAGAGGUCACGCCCGUUCCAGAAAUAAGUGUUUCUACUUGUUUUGAUGGUUGCCCCCAGAAGUGCUACAUCGCAGCCACCAGCAGUAGGGCCAUGCAUGCCUGGGCCGCCGACGCAACGUUGGAUUCAACCAAAAAGUCUGCUUCAGCUUUUAAUAAGCAUAAUAUAGAAUUCAGUAUAGCCAUGAGAGUGAAUCACUGUUCAACUUCUCAGCUUAUUACAGGCAAAAGGAAUACCUAAGAAAUCAGGGGCGGAGAGUUGUUUAGGGAUGUAUCUCAGCUCGUAGCAUCAGCCCAUCAGAAUGGGGUGGAGAUGCCUGGUUCGAUGUAUUGAUUAUCUAUGGGUCAGAUGCAGUUGUCAGUACAGAGUAAUUAUUAAUGAGCUUAGCAGCCACAUCCAUUUUUAAGCUUAUGCACACACGAGAAAGGCUUGGUGGUGCCAACAUCUUUCAUUGCCUGCAAUGAAAAAUGUAACAUGAAAUUCCAAACUGUGACAGCUAAUACUACGCAAGGAAUUUGGGACUUUGUCUGGUCCCCUAGCUGAAAACAAUCACUCUGAUUUUUCCUGCCUGUUACACUUGCUUGGACUUUCCAUCAAUUGGGUUACUGAAAAUCCUUUCCCCCUGGACUUGUCAUCCACUCUGCACCUUUGUCUGUUGAACCUUGUAAUGUUAAAACCUGCUGUGGAAUAUAAUACCAGCCUUAUAGACCAUGGAUUGUUUGCCAUGAACCGCAUACCUUCGUCUUUUCCCAGAAAGCCUUCUGGUCUGGACUCUUAGUGAUUUUUGAGACUGUUGUUUUGCCUUAACAUCUAUACAUCAGAGAUUUCUAAUGUGGACUCUGUUGUUAGACCUGAUCUCUCUCCUGAUGGUUAUGUGCUACCUCCAGCAUUCGAGGCAGUAAGCUUGUGUGCACCAGUUGCUGGGGAACAUGGGUGGGAGGGUGCUGUUGUACCAUGUCCUGCUUUGUUGGUCCCUGGUUGACAGCUGGUUGGCAACUGUGUAAACAGUGCUGGACUAGAUGGACCCUCGGUCUGAUCCAGUAUGGCACUUAUGUUCUUAUCAUGUGUGAGUAUUUCUAGCUUUGUCUGAUUCUAGACUUGCCCCCUGAACCAAAGACUCUCCAGGAGCCCUUUUCAGUAGACUCUCUGAGGGGAAAACUCUACGCUGCUCAGGGCUCUUUUUAAUUCCUGGAUCCGGAUUAACUUGGAUCCCAAUAACGCAAGAUCCUGAAAUAUGGAACAUUUCCCAUUUUAUGCUUUGCCAUAACUUAUUCCUCUAUUCUUGAACGUGAGUCAGCUGGUGGCUUCUGUGUGUAGAAAUCCUGCAUUUGGGACUGAUUCCAUUGCUAUGGCUCUUAGGCCUGCAUUUAGUUCAGCUAGGACCCCUGCCAUGUAGCAGUGCUGUCAAAGGGCUCCUGAGGAUUUUGGAAACAUCUCCAUUUUGGGCUGGGGCUCUAGCCAUGACUCCUUUUGAAUUGUGAACUGCGGCCUGUUUUUGAAUCUUGUAUCAUGAACCUGGAUCUCUAAGUGCUUUGAACACCUAAUUAUAUUCCAAAAGUGAAGUCUCUGGCUGUGAUUAUGUAUUUGCUCCUGGUCUGCUCCUUAAUUUAAGCCAUGGGGCAUUAGCUGUCGAGUUAACUGAUUUGUAAUUUCUUAGAUUAAGUGCUGCAACUUCUGAAGUGUGAUUUUUGUCAUCUGAUUUAUCUUUGAAUAAAGUUAAGUCAUUGAAUCUAGAA